UAGAAGUACUUACUUCAUCGCCCUAGGCGAUUUCAAGGCUUGCUUAUUACAGCGGCCGCCACUGUCAAUCGUUGCCUGUUGCAAGACUUGCUAGCUCUUGUUGCCAAAAAUGAAGCUCCAGACUUCUCAGGGCCAGGCCCUUCGCACAUCUCGCCCCGCUGUGCGCGGUCUGCCGGCUCUCUCCCGGCGCCCGGUCCGUGUUUCGGCCAUCGCUGCUCCGGAGAAGCAGUCUACUCCGGCCUCUCUGAAUGGCACGUCCAACUGGCAGCCGACCUCGUGGCGGUCCAAGCCCGUGGUGCAGCAGCCGGAGUACCUCGAUAAGCAGGAGGUGGUGAAGGCGUGCGAGGAGAUCGCCCGCAUGCCUCCUCUGAUUUUCGCCGGCGAGUGCCGCACCCUGCAAUCGCGCCUGGCGAAGGCAUCGACCGGUGAUGCCUUCGUGCUGUUCGGUGGUGACUGUGCUGAGGCCUUCAGCCAGUUCUCCGCCAACCGCAUCCGCGACCUGUACCGCCUGCUGCUCCAGAUGAGCAUCGUGCUGGCUUUCGGUGGCGGUGUGCCUAUCGUCAAGCUGGGCCGCAUCGCCGGCCAGUUUGCCAAGCCCCGCUCCGCUUCCACGGAGACGAUCGGCGGCGUCACGCUGCCCGCCUACCGCGGCGACAUCAUCAACGGCCCCGAGUUCACGGAGGAGGCCCGCCGCUGUGACCCCUGGCGCCUGGUGCGCGCCUACAACCAGUCCGCGGCGACGCUGAACCUGCUGCGCGGCUUCAGCUACGGCGGCUACGCCGGCCUGUCGCGCGUGUCUCAGUGGGAGCUUGAGUUCAUGAAGAACACGCCCGAGGGCCACGCCUACAUGGACAUCGCCAAGCGCGUGGACGAGGCGAUCCAGUUCAUGAUUGCUUGCGGCAUGGACACCAACAUGCCCUUCAUGCGCGAGACUGAGUUCUACACCUGCCACGAGUGCCUGCUGCUGGACUACGAGGAGGCGCUGACCCGCCUGGACUCCACCACCGACAAGUGGUACGGCUGCUCCGCGCACUUCCUGUGGUGCGGCGAGCGCACGCGCCAGCUCGACCACGCGCACGUGGAGUUCCUCCGCGGCGUGAACAACCCCAUCGGCGUCAAGGUGUCGGACAAGAUGGACCCCAACGACAUUGUGUCGCUCAUCGCCUCGGUGAACCCCUCCAACACGCCCGGCCGCCUGAGCAUCAUCGUGCGCAUGGGCGCCAAGGCCCUGCGUGCCAAGCUGCCCGCGCUGAUCGAGGCGGUGCAGCGCUCCGGCCAGGUGGUGACCUGGGUGUGCGACCCCAUGCACGGCAACACCGAGACCGUGUCGGGCUUCAAGACCCGCCGCUACGAGAACAUCCGCAGCGAGAUUGAGGCCUUCUUCGACGUGCACGAGAAGAUGGGCACCGUGCCCGGCGGCGUGCACCUGGAGAUGACGGGCGACAACGUGACGGAGUGCAUUGGCGGCGGCGCCUCCAUCAGCGAGGACGACCUGAACAGCCGCUACCACACCCACUGCGACCCCCGCCUGAACGCCGAGCAGUCGCUGGAGAUUGCCUUCUACGUGGCGCAGCGCCUGCGGCAACGUCGCGAGAACCUGGCUGCUAAGACCGCCUAAACGGCGGGGUGUCGUGCAGCUAAGCAGGAGCAGCCGCGCGAGGAGGCGUGCAGCGGGCGUGACGGCGACAUGAUCGUCGGGUAGCCGCCGCUGCUGUUGCUGCUGCUGAGAUGCCAGCCAGCCAGCCAUGGAGCCCUCGCGCGGUUCGGGGCUAGCGACGGGUGCUUGCGGCUGUGACGGCAGGUGAGGCUGCCUCGUCACGGUGGCGUGGCGACGCCCAAAGCGUUGCGGAACUCGGACAUGAUGGGUUUUAGUUCGGUAUGUAUGUGUAUGUUGGUGGUCCUAGUGGGUCUUGUUUAGCCCCCGAUGUGCGCUGUCAGCGGGCGGGCAAUAGAAGUUAGGCGCAUGGGUGGAUAUGCGCGCGGGGCGCCCUCAGUAGGGGACUGGGUCACGGCACCGGCUGCGUGCGUGGCUUGGACAUUGAGCAUGUAUGUUUUAGCGGUGUUAGUGCGUCAAGUGAGCGACGCAUGCGUCCUUGAAUGACGAGAAGAGCGCGUUACAGGAGCAGUGUCUGCUGGGGAUAUAUGCUUGGGUGCCGACUGCGCGGCGCCGCCCGCACGAGGAAUGCCGCUUCCCGUCCGUUGCGCGGAAGGCGGGCUACUUGGGGGGAGGAGCGGGCGUGGAGGAGCUGCAUGUUUUAUCAGGCUCUGCUGGCUCGCCCCAGUGAGCCCUGGAAAGGCGAUGGUGCACUGUGGUAGCAAGCGUGCGGCGGCGGGCGGGGAAGCUCAUGCCUCGUGGCCCUGCCCAAGGGCCCGGGAGUGUCGGGGCCUAAGCAUCGGCGAUGUCUAGGCUGACAAUAAAGGGCUCCAGGCGGUAGUGAGCAGCUCGGCAUGAGGCGGGAGCGGGGUCACGAACUGAGUAGUCUGCGAGUAGUAACAGGAGCUAAUCAGGUGCAGCAGCCCACGUGGUGCGUGUAUUAAUGGAGGCGCCUCAGGCGUCGCCAAGAAUGCGGUCUAUGCAACAGGCCAAGAACAUGAGCACGGGCACCUUGCCAGUUGUAAGAAUGCUUGCUGCGAC